CGUCCCCGCGCCGACCCGCGCACACAGCCCGCGGGCCCGGGGGAUGCCCCCGGCCGAGGCCCCUCCUCAUGGCCGCCGACGUGUUCAUGUGCUCCCCGCGCCGGCCGCGCAGCCGGGGCCGCUCGGUGCUGCUCAAGCCCCAGGUGCCCGAGGACGACGACGACUCGGACACGGAUGAACCGUCGCCUCCGCCCGCGUCCGGAGCGGCCACCGCGGCCCGGGCCCACGCGAGCGCCGCGCCGCCGCCGUCCCGGGCCGGGCCGGGCCGCCAGCAGAUCAUCCACAGCGGCCACUUCAUGGUGUCGUCGCCGCACCGCGAGCACCCGCCCAAGAAGGGCUACGACUUCGACACGGUCAACAAGCAGACGUGCCAGACCUACAGCUUCGGCAAGACCAGCUCGUGUCACCUGUCCAUCGACGCCUCCCUCACCAAGCUCUUCGAGUGCAUGACCCUGGCCUACAGUGGGAAGUUGGUGUCUCCAAAGUGGAAGAAUUUCAAGGGUCUGAAGCUGCAGUGGAGAGACAAGAUCCGGCUCAACAACGCCAUCUGGCGGGCGUGGUACAUGCAGUACUUGGAGAAGCGCAAGAAUCCCGUGUGCCACUUUGUGACUCCCUUGGAUGGCUCUGUUGACGUGGACGAGCACCGCCGGCCAGAGGCCAUCACCACGGAAGGCAAGUACUGGAAAAGCCGCAUCGAGAUCGUGAUCCGCGAGUACCACAAGUGGAGGACAUACUUCAAGAAAAGGCUCCAGCAACACAAGGAUGAGGACCUGUCCAGCCUGGCACAGGAUGAUGAUGUGCUAUACUGGCACAAGCGUGGUGACGGAUGGAAGACCCCAGUGCCCAUGGAGGAGGAGCCGCUGCUGGACACGGACAUGCUCAUGUCAGAAUUCAGCGACACCCUCUUCUCCACGCUCUCUUCACACCAGCCGGUGGCCUGGCCCAACCCACGGGAAAUAGCACAUCUGGGGAACGCAGACAUGAUCCAGCCGGGGCUCAUCCCUCUGCAGCCCAACUUGGACUUCAUGGACACCUUCGAGCCCUUCCAGGACCUGUUCUCUUCCAGUCGCUCCAUUUUUGGCUCCAUGCUUCUCACACCUGCCUCAGCACUUGCCCCAGACCCCAACAGCCCACCUGCUCAGGGGAACAUCCUACCUUCUGUAAAUCUUCCUGACAGCCUCAUCACGCCCCCCGAGGCGCCUUCCCUAGACCCUGUUGAUGGGCAGAGCUGUGAACGCACCUCCCGGGCCGGGGACCCCUUUAUCCAGCCCACGGAUUUUGGUCCCUCAGAGCCGCAGCUGAGCGUCUCACAGCCCUUCCUUCCUGUCUUCGCCAUGCCUCUGCUCUCCCCCAGCCCAGCCCCGUCUCCGGUCUCGCCGGCAUUGCCAUUGGUUCCUCCUCCCUCCACUGCCCUGAGCCCCCCGACACCCCCCACCUUCCUGCCGCUGCAGAAGUCAGCAGGAGCCAGCAAGGGACCCUCCGUCCUCACCCACGACACCCCUACCUUCAGCCAGAGCCCUGGCCUCGUGAUCACAGCCCGCCCCCCCACUCCCUCGGUGUCCCCCUGUGGCCUGGCACUAUCUCCUGUCACCCGCCCACCAGCUGUUGGCCCACCUCAGCCUUGUUUAACUUUUGUGCACCCUAAACCUGUUCCCUUAACUGGGGGGAGACCCAAGCAGCCCCCCAAAAUAGUGCCUGCUCCCAAGCCAGAGCCUGUGUCCCUGGUGUUGAAGAACGCAUGCAUCGCCCCAGCUGCCUUUCCAGGCCCCUCACAGGCAGUCAUCAUGACAUCAGGCCCCAUGAAGAGAGAAGGCAUGUUGGCAUCCACUGUGUCCCAGUCCAGUGUAGUCAUCACGCCUGCUGCCAUCGCCAGGGCUCCCCCUGGUGUCACAGAGUUCCACAGUGGCAUCCUCGUGACAGACCUCAGCCGUGGUUCGAGCAGCCAGCCCUCGCCUGUGCCCCGCCUCUUUCCCAGCGCAGUGCAGGACGCUCUGGUGAAGGGCGAGCAGGUCCCUGCUGCGGGGUCUGGUUGGGAUGCCCCCAACUCAGGGCAGGCAUCUCCGUGUGCAUCUGAGCAGAGCCCCAGUCCUCAGUCUCCUCAGAACAGCUCAGGGAAAUCCUCCACAGAUCCCAAGAAUGUGGCUGCGUUGAAGAACCGGAAGAUGAAGCACAUCUCGGCCGAGCAGAAGAGACGCUUCAACAUCAAGAUGGGCUUCAACACUCUCAACAGCUUGAUCUGCAACAACUCCAAGCUGACCAGCCACGCCCUGACGCUGCAGAAGACGGUGGAGCACAUCACAAAGCUACAGCAGGAGCGCAGCCAGCUGCAGGAAGAGGCCCGGCGCUUGCGAGAGCAGAUCGAGGAGCUCAACGCCACCAUCAUCUCCUGCCAGCAGCUGCUCCCCGCCACGGGGGUCCCUGUCACCCUGCGCCAGUGUUACCACCUACAAGACAUGUUUGACGAGUACAUUAAGAGCCGGACGCUGCAGAACUGGAAGUUCUGGAUCUUCAGCAUCAUCAUCAAGCCGUUGUUUGAGUCAUUCAGGGGGGUGGUGUCCACCAGCAGCCUGGAAGAGUUACACCGGACCACCCUGUCCUGGCUGGACCAGCACUGCUCGCUGCCCAUCCUCAGGCCAAUGGUGCUGAACACGCUGCGGCAGCUGAGCACCACCACGUCCAUCCUCACAGACCCAUCCCGGCUGCCAGAACAGGCGUCAGAGGCCGUCACCAGGCUGGGCCAGCGAGCGGGGGAGUCUUAGCUGCUGAGCAGCCUGUGAAAGCAUGAGCUGCUGGGAGGCCUCUUCCUGCCUGUGCGUCCCAGCCCCUCGAUGCCCCGCGAUGCGCCCUGCAGCCCUGUGCCACACAGGGUGCUUGCUCAGGUGUGAGGCAGAGCUGGACCUGCCCCCAACUCUAGC